AUUUCUUUCUGAUUCUCUAUUGAAUUGUACCGGUGACCACUGGGCCCAAAGAGGGAUAAACCUAUCUACCAACACACGGCAUACAGUUGGCUUGGCUUGUAUAUUGCAGUUGCAGGGAACGGAAUCCAGAUCCAGAUGUAGCCGCCCCCUCCCCCCCAGACUUCCUGGUAUGACACAGGAUGAAAGUGCGGCAGAUAUCCAGGUUUCGUAGGAGGAAGACAGACGAGACAUACAACUCAUCUGCUAACACUCAAAACAGAAUGGACCGAGAGCCAUCUCCAAAGGACGAAGAGAAGGCGGAAGAGUUAAAAACGCCAGGCGACAAUGUUGAAAAUCAUGGUAAUAGCCUUGACGUCGAGAACUCAAAUACCUCUUCGGGCAAAGACCUGGAUAUUAAACCUGCCAACGUUUCUUCCUCGUAUUCUGAUCCUUCGAAGCUCGAAGCACAACAACGGAGUACCACGCUCCAGGCUGAUGUCGAGGCUUCUGCUGCUGAUGUUGAUGUUGCCGCUUCUAAUGGCACAGUGGUCCAUUCAGCCUUCAGCAAAUAUGAGAAGAUCUUCAUUGUAGUCAUGAUCACCACGGCGGGCUUUUUCUCUCCUCUGUCCGGUCAAAUCUAUUAUCCCGUUCUGCCGACUUUGGUGGAUAAUUACCAGCUCACUCACUCGUUGAUCAAUCUCAGCAUCACCACCUAUAUGAUCCUGCAAGGUCUGGCCCCGAGCUUCAUCGGCACGUUUGCCGAUCAGGCCGGCCGACGACCUGCAUAUAUCAUUGCCUUCGUGAUUUACACCGCGGCAAACAUCGGCCUGGCGUUGCAGAAUAGCUAUGCUGCCUUGAUGGUCCUUCGCUGUCUCCAGAGCGCAGGAAGCAGCGGCGUCGUGUCCUUCGGAUACGGUGUCAUCGCAGACAUUACUGUUCCUGCGGAUCGGGGCAAGUAUGUCGGCCCCAUGGCGGCAGGAGUCAUGGUGGCUCCAGCCCUAGGUCCAGUGAUUGGCGGUCUUCUGGCCAAGUUUCUCGGGUGGAAGAGUGUGUUUUGGUUCCUGGUUAUCAUCAGCGGAGGGUAUUUGACUGCGUUUACUAUUUCUGUGCCCGAGACAGCUCGGAGCAUUGUGGGAAAUGGCAGUGUCCCUCCGAACGGGUAUUGGAGGAAGUCCAUCAUUCAAUGUCUGCAGGAGCGGCACAGAGUGAAGCAGAUGAGUGCCGAUGAACGGUCUGCUUAUGAAGAGCAAAGAGCAAGGAUAGGCAGAGGCAACGGCACAGAACUCACAUUCCCCAAUCCAUUGAAAUCCUUUGCCAUCCUCCUCGAGAAAGACGCGCUCAUCAUCAUCUCGUAUAUCGGCCUGGUGAUGUUCUCGAACAUUGCACUGCUCACCAGCACGCCCAGGCUGUUCGGUGACCUCUAUGGCUUCAACGACCUCGAAAUUGGCCUCUGCUUCCUCCCCCUCGGCGUCAGCGCCUGCUUCGGAGCCAUCCUCACCGGCAAACUGAACGACUGGAACUUCCGCCGCGCAGCCCGCAAGCUGAACAUCCCGACGGACAGCAGAACGGACAACGACCUCCGAAACUUCCCCAUUGAAAGGAACCGACUGGAGACCGUCUUCCCUCUAAUGGCUAUCGGCAUAGUAGCCUUCAUCCCAUACGGCUGGGCUCUCCGACCGCAGUCCCUCCUCGCGACACCGCUCGUGCUACAGUUCGUCAUCGGAUUCUGCUUUGUCGGAGCACUGAACACCCUUAAUACGCUUCUGGUGGACCUGUUCCCGGACCGCGCGUCCACAGCUUCUGCUGCGUGCAAUCUUGUGCGGAGCUGGUUGGGGGCUGUCGGGGCUGCGACUAUUGAGCAGAUGCUUGAUGGGAUGGGGUGGUCGUGGUGUUUUGCUUUCCUUGGGAUCCUGAUGGCUGCUGCGAUGGGGUUGUUGUGGGUGGAGUACUUGUAUGGGAUGAAGUGGAGGGAGAGGAGAGUUGUUAAGAUAGAGCAACGGAUGGAGCAGAGGGAAGACGUUUCGAAUGAUGGCGGAAAGAACACACAGGCGCUGAUGCAGGGACAGGAGAUGAUGGACAAGAGCAAGAAUGGUCAAGAUUCGAAAGAGAGUUCUGCUUAG